AUGGUUAGAAAUGAAAAAAACGACGAUAAAAUGGGUUUGAAUCUACCCGAUAGAAUUUUAGAGCAGAUCAGAAAUGAAAAAUACGACGAAAAUGAUCCAAGAUUUACAACUAAUGAUAAUCAAAAUGGUAAGAAAAGGAAAUCAUCAAAAGUGCUAUCAAGAAAAGAGAAAAGAAAAUUACAGAGAACAUCAAAGAAGCAAAAACAGAGACCAAAUUCAAAGCAAAUACCAUCAGCAAAACAAACCCAAAGUAAAAAAUCAAGAAUACGAGGAGGCGAAGAAACUUCGAAUGAUCCAUUAGAGCAAUUAAAAAAGAUCAAAGAAUCGAAAACUAAAAAUAAUGGAAAGACAGAGGAAUAUAGAGUUGUAAAAGAAGACGAGUUGGAAGAAGAUGAUGAGGGUUUUGAGGAUUUUGAAGAAGAAGAAGAUGAUGAUGAUGAACCUGAUCCAUUAGAAACAUUACGAAAAUUGAAAGAGAAGAAAAAUGGAAAUAUUUCAAGUGAUAUCAGAAUAGUUGAAGAAGAUGAACUAGAAGAUGAUGACGAUGAAGAAGUUUUUAGUGAAGAUGAAUUGGAGGAAGAAGAAGAGGAUGAAUUAGAUCCUAUGGAAGCGUUAAGAAAAUUGAAGGAGAGUAAAUUCAAGACUACUACUUCAGAAAUACGGGUUGUUAAAGAAGAUGACUUGGAUGAUGAUUCAUUCACCGAUGAAGAAAGUGGGAGUGGAGAAGAAUCAGAAUUUGGUGGAUUUGACGAUGAUGAGAUUGAACCAGAACCUCAAACUAAAGGAAUACUAAAAAAUAAGAAAUCUAAAACAAUAAAACCUACUGAUCCAGAAUUACAAAAAUAUGAUGAUGAUAUAGAUUAUUAUGCUAAAAAAUUAGGAUUGAAAAAUGGGGCGAAUUCUCAAUUAAGUAAAACAGAUGAAGAUGAUAUCAUUGGUGGUUUGUUAGAUGGAAUAAAUUUGGAUUUUGAAACAGAAUCAGAGGAGGAAGAUGAUUUUGAUGAGGAGUUAGAAUAUGAAGACAAUCCAUUGGAGAAAUUAAAACAACUCAAAAAGAACAAGAAAGACGAUUUUGUAGAGCCUCCAAGCUCGGCAUUUCUGCAAGAUGAUGAUGAUAUUGAAUAUUAUGCUAAGAAAUUAGGUAUUAAAAAGAAUGCGAAAUUGCCGAAAGGAGAUGACGAUGAUGGUUUAGAUGGUUUAUUAGACGGUUUAGAAUUUGAAGAGGAAGACGAAGAAGAAGAAGACGACGGUGAAGAUGAUUCUUUUGAUGAAGAAACCGAGGAAGAAUUUGAAGAAGAAAGAGAAAGAGAAAACCCGUAUGUUGCACCCGGGAAUGAACAGUCAACAAAUGAUAGUGAAACACCACAAGAACAAAAGUAUAUACCACCUGCAUUACGUAGAAAAAUGGCUUUAGAAGCUGGAAAUCAGGAUUCUGAAGAGGUUUUAAGUUUAAGAAAAUCAAUAAAGGGUCCAUUAAACAAAUUAUCUGAAUCAAAUAUUGGAACUAUAGUGAAUGAUUUACAAAGUUUAUUUUUUUUACAUCCUAGACAAGUAUUAUUUGAAGAAAUUACCAAAAUCGUUUUAGAUAGUGUCAUUCAACAAGGUAGAUUAUUGGAUACUUUUGUUCAUUUACAUGCUUGUGUCAUUGUUGCAUUGUAUAGGUUACAAGGUGUCGAAUUUGGUGCAUUUUUCGUACAAACUUUAGUUGAAAAAUUUGAAUCAUAUCAUGCAAAAGAUAACAAAAGUAAAGAAGCUUCGAAUCUAAUAUCUUUGUUGUCAUCGUUAUAUUUGUUUCAUUUAUUAUCUUCAAAAUUAUUAUAUGACUUGAUCAAGGAACUUAUAAAAAAUUUGAAUGAAGAAAAUGCUGAUUUACUUUUGAGGUUGAUCAGAAGUUCAGGAAAUCAAAUGAGAGCAGAUGAUCCAUCAUCUUUGAAAGAUAUUAUACUAAUGCUUAAUGAUAAAUAUGCUGAACUACCUACAGACCAAAAAACAUCAAGAAUUCAAUUUCUAAUUGAGACCAUAUCGACAUUAAAAAACAAUAAAAUGAAGAUUGUAAAUGAAGGUACUCAUCAAAUUUCAAUAAGACUUAAAAAAUUCUUAAGUACAAUAAAUAACAACAAAGGUGGUGACCCAAUUCAAGUAUCAUUAGAUGAUAUCCACAAUGUUGAUACAAGAGGUAAAUGGUGGUUAGUUGGAUCAGCAUGGAAAGGUAAUGAACCAACAGUUGUUAAUGUUGAUAGUUCAGCUAUGAAUGAUAUAUUAGAUGCUGCCGAACCAAAUUGGAUGGAAUUAGCCAAAGCUCAAAGAAUGAAUACCGAUAUUCGUAGAGCUAUAUUCAUAUCAAUCAUGUCUGCAACUGAUUAUAUGGACGCUAGAACCAAAAUUGAUAAACUUGCCCUAAAAAGAGUUCAAGAAAGAGAUGUCCCUAAAGUCUUAAUUCAUUGUGCUACUAUUGAACCAUCAUGGAACCCAUAUUAUGCAGUGUUGGCAAACAAUUUAUGUGAUUCUCAUUCACUAAGAAAAACUUUUCAAUUUAUGUUGUGGGACCUUAUAAAAGAAUUAGAUGGAAGCACAGAUGAAGAAGAUGAAGAAGAAUCGAAUUUUAUGGGAUUAAACGAUUCAGAUGAAGAAACUAAAAUGAAAAAAAUACUAAAUUUGGGUAGAUUCUUUGGGUUUUUAUUAGCAGAAGGUUCAUUACCAUUACAUAACCUAAAUACCAUUAAUUUUUUAACUGCUUCUCCAGAUACAAACCUAUUUUGUGAAAUUCUACUAGUAACUUUUUUAGAUCAAGUUGGUAAAAAAUCAAGGAAGAACUCUUUGGGGGGUGGGUUGAAGAUUGAUAAAUCUCAAUUAAAUUUCGAUGAUCGCUUGUUGGUUGAAAAAAUUUUAAAAGCAAGAGAACAAGAAACUUUACUUCGUGGGUUACAAUAUUUCUUACAAGAAAAAGUUAAGAACACAGAUUUGUUAACAGGUGAUAAACAAAAAAUUAGAGUGGAUUGGGGUGUGGAUGCUAUGUUUGAUAUUAUUGAUGAAAUCCUAAAAAGUUCUGAGGAGUAUUAA